AUGUAUUGUGCGUUAGCAUGGACAGCCCAGAGGCUCCGACAAUAUAUAUUGUAUCACACAACAUGGUUGGUGGCAAAAUUAGAUCCCAUCAAGUAUAUUUUUGAAAAACCCUUCCUGUCUAGGAGAAUAGCUCGAUGGCAAGUGCUAUUGUCUGAGUAUGAUAUUGUGUAUGUGUCCCAAAAAUCAAUCAAAGGGAGCGUCAUUGUUGAAUUCCUUGCAGAUCGAGCUGAUGAAGAUUAUGAAUCUGUAAGUUUUGAUUUUCCAGAUAAAGAUUUGAUGACCGUUUUGCACAUAGAAAAGGACAGUCCCAAUGAACUUAAUUCAUGGAAGAUGUAUUUUGAUGGAGCAUCUAAUGCUUUAGGGCAUGGAAUUGGGGCAGUGUUGAUUUCUCCAAGUGGAAAGUACUAUCCAGCUGCGGCGAGAUUCAAUUUCAAUUGUAAGAAUAAUAUAACGGAAUAUGAGGCGUUGGGUAAUGGGAUUACAAGUAGCAAUCAAGAUGAAAGUCGGCGCGAUAGAGAAUUAAGCAAACAGUUCAAGGAAAUCAGCUUCAACCAUUUGCCUCGAGAAGAAAAUCAGAUUACUGAUGCUUUGGCCACUCUCGCAGCAAUGUUCAAAAUAAAAGAAGCGGCUGAUGUACGCCCUUUUGAUUUAGAAGUCCGUGAAGUCUUCACACACUACUUGAACGUUGAAGAAGAGGUUGAUGGUAAGCCGUGGUAUCAUGAUAUCAUGCAAUACAUUAAGCACCAGGUAUAUCCGGAGAAUGCCUUGGACAAUGACAAGCGGACCCUUAGAAGAUUAGCAACGGGUUUCUUCUUGAGCAAAGAAGUGCUAUACAAAAAAAGUCAGGAUCAAAUACUUUUGAGAUGUGUGGAUGCUACUGAGGCCAACAAAAUAAUGGAAGAAGUCCACGAAGGAACUUGUGGAGCUCACGCUAAUGGACAUAUGUUGGCCAGACAAAUUAUGAGAGCUGGAUAUUAUUGGUUGACAUUGGAAUCAGAUUGCAUAAACUUCGUUCGAAGGUGCCACAAGUGUCAGAUUUAUGCAGAUAGGAUCCAUGCUCCACCAGCCCCAUUGCACGUUUUCACGGCCCCUUGGCCAUUUUCAAUGUGGGGAAUGGAUGUGAUUAGGCUUAUUACGCCAUAA